AUGGAAUAUUACCAAGCACCCUCCACUAUUUCGGAUAGUAUUUAUGGUUCUACCUUUUUCUUAGCAACUGGCUUUCAUGGUUUUCAUGUGAUUAUAGGUACUCUUUUCUUGAUCGUAUGUGGUAUUCGCCAAUAUCUUGGUCAUCUGACCAAGAAGCAUCAUGUUGGCUUUGAAGCAGCUGCAUGGUACUAG